AUGUUUAAAAAGCUUGAGCUAAACAUCCCGUUCUUGGAGGCGCUUGAGCAAAUGCCUACCUACGCUAAGUUCAUGAAAGACAUCAUCUCGAAGAAGCGGACCAUAGAGACUAACCCGAUCAUUCUAACGGAAACUUGUAGUGCCAUUUUGCAGGGUAUGAAGGUUCCGGUGAAGAAGAAGGAUCGAGGUUCUGUAACUAUUCCUUGUACCAUUGGAGAUAGAUCCUUCAAGAAAGCUCUAAUUGAUUUGGGAGCGAGUGUAAGCCUUAUGCCGCUGUCCAUUUAUAAGAGGUUGGGGAUAGGAAAAAUUCAAGAUACAAGAAUGACACUUCAGUUUGCUGACCACUCUGUGAAGAGACCUUAUGGGAUAGUAGAAGAUGUGCUAAUGCCGGAAGAUGAAGAGAUACCAAUCAUUUUGGGGAGACCAUUUUUAGAGACCGGGAGAUGUUUGAUCGACAUAGAAGAAGGCACGAUGACUUUGAAAGUGUAUGAUGAAGAGUUAAAAAUUGAUGUGCGAAACACCAUGAAGUACAAGGAUGACGUUGCCACUAGUCAACAUAUUGAGAUAAUUGAUCAAAUAUGUGAGAAGAAAAAUUGCUUGACAACACAAAAAUUACCUUUGGAAAGAGUGUUGAGUCUAUCAAUUUUUAACGAAGAGGAAAUAGUUGACGAGAAAGAUAUGGAAGUAGUAGUCAUGAUGGAAGCAUCACCACCUUUCAAAGGUUAUCGGCACAACCGGUGGGAAGAUUUACGGCAGCCCUUAGUGGAAGAAAAGAAAGAUGAACAAAAGAAGGGGACCGAAUUGAAACAACUCCCGGAAAACCUCAAAUAUGUAUUCCUAGACACAGAGAGUAAGUGCCCGGCCAUCAUAAGUUCACAUCUAGAAGUUCUUCAGGAAAUAAGCUUGUCAAAGUUUUAA